CAACAUGGCCACUGAGUGGUCAGAGGCUUCUCACGAUAUUAAGCAAAUGGUGACAUGUUCGAUCUGUUAUGAUAUCUACAAGAAAGCUAAAAUGCUGCCUUGUCAACACUCGUUCUGUGAACAGUGUUUAGAGAAAUGGUUUAAUGUAUGUGGUGGAUUUAAUCUCGUCUGUCCAAACUGCAACCAGAACACGCCUGUCAACCGUGUUCAAGAACUACCACUGAGCCUAGCGAUCAAUGAACUGGUUGACUUGGUGGGUAUUUCAACCCGGCGUAUUUCACAAACCGUGCAAAAGAAACGUCGAUGUCAUCAUAGCAAAAGAGUUUACCUACUGUACAGUCUUUUUUUUGCAACGUUGUCAGUCCUGGUGUACAACGUUAAUUACAUAUGUGGACCAAUCAACAACUCUUGCUCAAACACACCAAAUCACGCACACCUCUUGAAGGUCAAAUACGAAGAAUUACAACAGAACAAAACAAACACACUUAACAGAUUGAAACAUGUGCGGUUGCGACGUGCAGAACAAGAGAAACAGAUAAGGGAACACGCCCGGGAAACAACCAAAAGAAUAAUCGAAAUGAUCAAACAAGACGAACUUGGAUAUCUGGAUAAUCUGAAUGCAUAUUAUGACGAGCUGAAAGAAGAUAUCCAUCAAGAAAUACGCCAUUAUGACGUGACACAAGAAAUAUUGACAGUGGCUAUGUCAUUUACAAACAAACUAGAAACUAUGAAAACUGCCAUUGGAACAGAUUUAGUAUGCCAGAUACAUAACAUGACGUCAUCUCUUGAUGUACAAUGGUUCAGCAAAAGUGCCUUACUUCCGGAACUCUACAUUGGGCAUAUCGCACUGAAUGGUAGUUUUGGUGAUAUUACAAACUGACUAUAGUGUAGUCACGAUAGUCAUAAGAAGAUAUUAUGGUGUUUCCCAUAUUUAACGUUCCGUAUUUACCCACAGGAAGACCAGGCACUGUAAUAAAAUGUACACCUAGCCUGUAUUGUGGGGAGGGGGUGUUGUAUUGGCGGGUAUCUAGAAUAUGAAAAUAGACACUGGAUGAAGGUUCCAGCAAUCGAAUAUCUUUUGAGCUGGGAAG